ACCUUAUCUUCCUAAUUUAACCCCCACACCUACUUCACACAACGCCCUCAACAACCAUUUCAAUCUCAGAAGUUUUCUCAAAAACCAAAGAUCAAGUUCAAUGUUUAAAACAAUCAUCACCUUCAUAGCCGUAGCCACACCUCUCUUCUUCCUCUCCUCUUCACCCCCUUCAAAAUAUUCCUAUCACUCCCUAUUCAUAUCAAGUUCUCUUUCAGACAAUGCCUCAAUUUCACACGACCUUUACACUCUCACUCGCCGGCCUCACGUUGCAGGCUCACAAGCCAACGCCGAUGCUGCAGACUACGUUCUAUCCACUCUCACUUCCUGCAACAUCCGAUCACACAUGGCGUCCUAUGAUGUGCUCCUCACCUAUCCGGAUUCACGUUCCUUGACACUUACACCCUCCCCUCACGAGGCACCAACAAAAUUAGACAUGAGACAGGAGAUCUAUGAAGGUGAUCCGUAUGCUGAUGUUGCUCACGAAGUCCUACCCACGUUCCAUGCUUACGCAAAGUCGGGUACUGUGUCUGGACCCGUGGUUUAUGUGAAUUAUGGGCGAGUGGAGGAUUAUGCGACUUUAAAAGAGAUGGGAGUCAACGUGUCUGGUACUGUUGUACUGGCAAGGUAUGGAAAGAUAUAUAGAGGGGACAUUGUAGGAAAUGCUUAUGAGGCAGGUGCUGUAGGGGCGGUGGUGUAUACAGAUAGAAAGGACUAUGGUGGCGGCGGAGGUGAUGCAAAAUGGUUUCCCGAUGAUAAAUGGAUGCCACCGAGUGGAGUUCAGGUAGGAUCGGUUUAUGGUGGGACUGGUGAUCCUACCACACCUGGUUGGCCAAGUAGCGGUGCUUGUGAGAGGAUAUCAGAUGAUGAGGUGGAGAGGCGAGAAGACAUUCCUAAGAUACCUUCAUUGCCUAUAUCAGCAGCAAAUGGUGAAGCAAUCUUAAGGUCCAUUGGUGGAUUAGUAGCGAAUGAUGAUUGGCAGGGAGGUGCAAAUGUCUCGGUUUACAGGGUUGGACCAGGGCCUGGAAUUGUUAAUCUUACAUACAAGGGAAAGCAAGUCAUAAGCACAAUCCAAAAUGUUAUUGGCGUAAUUGAAGGAGCAGAAGAACCUGACAGGUUUGUCAUACUGGGUAAUCAUCGGGAUGCAUGGACAUUUGGAGCCGCUGAUCCCAACAGUGGAACUGCAGCUCUGCUUGAGGUUGCGCAAAGGCUAGGGAAGCUGCAGAAAAGAGGGUGGAAACCUCGACGGACAAUUGUCUUCUGCAAUUGGGAUGCUGAGGAGUAUGGUCUGAUAGGAUCGACAGAAUGGGUUGAAGAAAACAGGGAAAUACUAGCAUCGAAGGCUGUUGCUUACUUGAAUGUAGACACUGCAGUGUCUGGAGCAGGUUUCCAUCUCUCUGCAACUCCGCAGCUUGAUGAACUACUCAAACAAGUUACUCAACAGGUUCAAGAUCCAGAUAACUCAUCACAAACUAUCCAUGAAUCCUGGGUUGGAUCCAGCAAUUCUCCCAUGAUUGGAAGGUUAGGAGGUGGAGGAUCAGAUUAUGCAGCAUUUGUACAACAUGUUGGUGUUCCAGCAGCAGCAGAUUUGUCUUUUGGAGAAGGUUACCCUGUCUACCAUUCGAUGUACGAUGACUUUGUAUGGAUGACGAAAUUUGGUGACCCUAUGUUUCGUAGGCAUGUAGCAGUGGCUAGUGUCUGGGGCUUAUUGGCUCUUCGGCUUGCCGAUGAGGAAUUUUUGCCUUUCAAUUAUCUCUCCUAUGUCAGCGAGCUCCAGAAAAGCGCAGAAGAGUUGGAAGGUGAUGUAUCAGAUAAAGGCAUAAGCCUUAUUCCUUUGUUUAAAUCCAUUGAAGAGCUCAACAGAGCAGCCACCAAAAUAAACAGGCAGAGAAAGGCGUUGGAAGAAAACAAAGGUUGGGCAUCGAUGUGGAAAAAUGACCAUUGUAAAACGAGAGAAUUGAAUGAUAGACUAAUGAUGGCAGAGCGGGCAUUCACAGACAGAGAAGGACUCACUGGAAGCCCAUGGCAUAAGCAUUUGAUUUAUGCACCAUCAAAGCACAACGAUUAUGGAUCUACAUCCUUCCCUGGAAUAGAUGAUGCCAUACAAAAUGCUAAGAAUCUGAACAACACAGAAGCCUGGCUUUCCGUACAACAUGAAGUUUGGAGAGUAUCUAGAGCUGUCACACGUGUAUCGCUAGUCCUCAAUGGUGAAUUAACAUGAAUGUGUGCGACAAAAUCUUAGAUGUAGUUCGUGCUGUUUUUUUUGAAAGUUGGAGGAGUGAAAUAUCCUACAUGUCUCUAUUGUCCAAAUUCGAACCAUUGAAUAGUAGCAAAAGAAAGUUGCAGGCACAUUUCUUCAAAUCAAAAAGGAAGUGUCAUGGACUUAUACAUUUCCAAGUUCACGUGCAACCUUACACACGUUCAAGCCCGCUAAGUCAGCCUACCAGCUAGACAAGUGCUUGCAAGUGUGUAGGAAGAGAAGGCAAGUGAGCAAGAGAGUUUGUGAGAGUGUGAGAAUGUAGAAGACUUGUAUUGCUAUCAAGAGAAGAUUGCAAGUA